UCCAGUAUAUCAUAUCUGUAAAGUCAUGUGACUCAUCACAGCAUCAGAAUAGACAAGAAUUCACUGUGAGCUUCACAUCUCAUUACAGCUAAUGGACCAAUCAAAUCAGUCCACAGCUUCAAAACAUCCAAUCAGGCGUGAGUCUGGACCUGCUUUUCUACUGAACUCACAAGUUCAUUACCUCACUAUCACUUUGUCUAAACAGGAACGAUGAUCACACUCUUUGUCGCGCUUUACUCUCUUUUUUCUCUCUGCACAGCUGGAAACACUUCUGACAUCAAGGAGCUUCAUGUGAAAACAGUAAAGCGUGGAGAAAAUGUAACUAUGGAGUGUAACAUGAGCAAGGGCAAAAACAAAAAUAAUUUAGCUUGGUACAGACAGAGUUUUGGAAAAGUGCCUCAGUAUUUUGCAAGACUUUACGGGUCUAAUGGCUACACAUUUGCAGAGGGAUUUAAAGAUAGCCGCUUCAGUAUGACUGUAAAUGACCAGAAGUUUGAGCUCAACAUUAUCGGAAUGAGAGAAGAUGAUGGAGGAGAAUAUUUCUGUGGAGAACUGGAUGGAACUGCACUAAAGUUCACAUCUGGAACACGUCUGCAAUUUGAAGGUGAAGAGAUGAAACACUGUCCUACACCUGGAACGGUUAACAACAACACAGAUUCUGUUACAGGGUCCAAUGAGGGUUCAAAGAGCAGUGAUGGAAAAGGUGAAGAGAUGAAACACUGUCCUACACCUGGAACGGUUAACAACAACACAGAUUCUGUUACACGCCAGGAUUCAAACUGCAGCCAUGGAAAAGGAGACAACUUUUGGAUUAUUGUCUUAACGACCUCCAUUAUAAUAUCUCUUAUUGUAAUCGUGUUUCUGCUUGGAGUUUUAUAUAAAAAUCAGAGAGAAGGUGCUUCAUCAAGAAACCAUCAAACUCCCACCAAUCAGGCUGAUGAUGAAGAUGUCUUGAACUAUGCAGCUGUGAGUUUUGCUAAGAAACCUUCAUCCUCCAGAACAUCCAGAGACAAGAGCCAUGAAGACGUUUAUGCACAAGUUAAAAUAAAAUAGAUAAAGACAAAUGACUUCAGACUUGAAACACAACCAAAAUGUAAGUGUUAUUGCUGUUUCCAUGGUGACUCCUAACAUCAUUCAUCUACUGAUUUGCUUCACUUGAUGGAUGAAGCUUUAAAAAAUAUUUCUGAUCAAAAUCCUAC